AUGAUUGCCCAAAGACUGCUGUAUGGCUUUGUUGUCCUUACUGCGGCUUUCGUAAAUAAGGCUAAAGAGGACACCCCGAAGGUCUUCACUCUCGAGACUGCAUUGGAAAAGUUUGUUACAGUUUUUGAAAAGGUCUACAAAGUCAGAGUGAAGUGGACUGAUAUGAAGUCGGAGCGCGAAGAAGUAAAAAAACACUUUGAUACUAAAAAAUUUUUUCUAAGUGUCGACAUGGACCAUAUACAAUUGGGCAAGCCAAUACCAAGAGACACUAUCCGCACUCUUCUGUACGCCAAUCUCUAUGAAAACAAAGCGAAUAAAAACCAAACGUACACCGUCACGCACACUACCUUUCGCAAAGAAAAAACAUCUAGAACACUGAAACAAGGAUUCAGCGUUGGCUUUGAGGUGUCGGGCGGUGUCGGAUUUAAAGAGAUAUUCGGACUGAGUACCACAGUCGGUACUAAGUUCGAGAGAGAAACCGCCUCGACUGACACUCAGACGAAACUCAAAACUUUUGCGGUCGCCACGGGGGUCAACCUUCCUCCAAACAGGACCGUCGAAGUACUCUGGUACGCCAGCACCGCCACAACAGAUAUUCCCUGGACUUGUAAUGUGACCAUUAGUGGAUACUUUGUUAUGGGAAUCGAGCCAGCGCUGCAAAACACCAACGUGGUCAUCCUUCCAGCGCAUUACCUCGCCCUUGCCAACAAGGAACUGGAAGUGGUAGGCCCCAGGCACGUGCACUUCCAAAUGUCUGGUGUAUUCACGAAAGUCAACGUGCCGGAAUCUGACAUCUACACAAACGACGUGACAGACAUUCUGGAGGGCAAAAUAAUGGAGACUUUAUGAAGGUCUAUAAUAUUUGGGUGAACUUAAUGAGCA